GAUUUGUCCAAUAUUGUGUAUCUCACGUUAAACGUGUACGACAACUGUUAACGUUAGGUUAAUGCGAACAUUAGUAGAAUUCGCUAGAUCGAUGUCAAGAAAAUAACAACAUAAAAACGAUAUUACAUAAAAUGUCUGCAGCAGAUGAAGUUAAAGUGGAUAUUAGCGGGGACAUGAAUGUUCCCCAUGAGCGACCGAAGUCUAAUUUUGAUCUUAGCAGUUUCAGUUUUCAAAAAAUACCAAGUCCACUGGAACUUCUACAGAUUACUCGAAAAUAUAUACGACCAUGGUCAGAAUUCGUGAACACGGCUAAUUUUAAAACUGCAGCAAGUAUGCCACGUCUUACAAGCAGAUUUGUACGGAAUCUCAGCUAUUUCCAAAGCAACUACAUAUUUAUAUUUGUAAUACUGAUGAUUUAUUGCCUAAUUACAUCACCAUUGAUUCUGUUGGUUUUGGCUGCUGCGGCUUAUGCCAGUCAUAGAAUAAAUAAAGCUCAAGUGCCCGUUAAUAUCUUCGGACACCAACUGGGUACAAAUCAGCAAAUUAUGGCGGUAAAUUUGGCCUCUAUGCCCAUAUUGUAUAUAGCAGGUGCUGGUGCUGCAUUGUUUUGGACAUUGGGAGCUUCCUGCUUUGUAAUCUCAAUACACGCCGUAUUCUAUAAUAUUGAUGCAAUUGUAACAGAAGAAAAUGAGGGCUUUCUCGCAGAAGUUGUUUAAUCAAGACCAAAACCCAGUGUCUGACUAAUAGAUACCCCGAUCGACUAUAUCGAGAAAGAACGUUUUGUAUCUUACAAAAUAAAUAUUUAUCUACACAUUUAUUAUUUAUCCAGUGUACAGAAAUUCACUUUUCAUACGUUUCUUAUUAUUAUAUUAUAUAUACUUUAUAUAUAAUAUAUAUAUAUAUACAUCAUUUUUUCCAACCUUUGAGCUUGCCGAAAUUUUUUUAAAAGUUUGUUAAAGCAAUAAAUUCCUUAGGAAAAUACUUCACUAAAUUUUAUUCCACAAAGUAAUAUGAAGCUUAAGAUUUGCAUAAUAAAAUUAUUAAAUAAACACAA